AUGGCAUUGGUCGCGACCAUCCGCAAGUCCAGUGCGGACAGCGAGGCCAGCACCGCCGCGGAUGCGAGCUACGAGGCCUUGAAUAGCAGAGUUCUCUCUAUAGUUGCUACCCCGCAAAGUAGACGAGUGAAGUUGUCUUCCUCACACAUGAGCCGCAUGGGCCUCUGUUCUGCGCUGCAGCGCUGCGGCGCUUCCGCCUUGCCUGCCGCGGCUGUGGCCGCGCCUGUGACUGUUGCGCCUGCCGCGCCUGCCGCUGCCGCCGUGCACGAGACUUGCAUCCAAGGAGGCCCUGGCAGAGGAGCCAGCGACAGCCAGCCACUUCAAGCGCUUCGCAGCAAUGCAGAGGCAGCAAUGACCGAGAUGGAAGCGAACUUUGACACGGGCAUCUUCGAUUUCCUCGCUCCGGCGCCGGCAGCAGAGGUUGGCAGUGCGACGAAGGCCGGCGGCCGGGAUCUCCUGGAUACGCUCCUCGAGAAGAGAAGCCGAGGCGCCAUCGAGGAUGUGGAAGGUGGUCGUUGGGCGACACACUUCUGGGACACUCGCAGUUCCUCGCGCACCCCGCAGUCGACGCCGUGA